AUGGAUUUAACAAGUCCCCAGCUACCUUUAAAAGAUAAUGGUUUUAACAUGACAACCCUCGACCUUUUUGGCUCAUCAAAAGAUGAGAUGGAAGGACUUAAAGAAGAACUGAAGAAAUGGAAGGAAAGAGUUGAAAAAGCUGAAAAAACAAAAGCUGACCUUCUUCUCUGUAAAUUAAGUGCUAAUGAAGAGCAUGUUAAAGCAGAGGAGGAGCUGAUAAAGCUAAAGGACCUUCAAGAGAAACAGCAUAAGGACAUUAUUAGGUCUAGAGACACCCAUGAGAAAGAACUCUGUGUACUAAACCAAGGAAACAUCGAGCUGAAGAGAGAGAUUGAAAAGCUCAAAGAAGACCUUGCAGAAUGUAGUUCAGCGCUUUCGCGGGAUAGUCGGAUUAAAAAAAAGGUAGCAGAAAUGAAAAUGAAGUUCACUCACAUGGAAGACGUGAAGGAUGAUUAUCCAGAUACGAAUACUCGCUGUGUUUUUGGUGUAACUACAAAAAUCCCAUUCACACUGAGUCAAAACCAGGCACUGCUCACUUUUGAAGAUGAAGAAGUUGCCCAGAGACUGAUAAAAAUGGGUAAGCAUACUGUGAACCUGGACAACAAAGUAGCAGACGUGACAGUGAAGCCUUUUACACUUGAAAUGGGAAUCAGAUUUGAGCUCCAUGUCACUAUUUCUGGAAAGAAGAUCAACAUUUCAGAAAUACCUGCGCUAUUAAUUCCUGAAGACUGGAUAAAAGACAAAUUAGAGCUGAAUUUCUACAAAUCUGAACAGGGAGGAGGAGGAGAAGUAGAAAAUGUGAACUAUGACAAGGAGUCUGGAACAGCUGUUAUUACGUUCCUCAGACCUGGAGCAGCUAACGGCUUUGUGAGAUGUACUAAAUAUCCUUUCUUUGUAAAUGGAAGGUGCUAUUUGCUUUCUGUGUCCCCAAACACCGACGUACAUUUGGAAAAGUUUCAGCUCUAUCAUGGGAUUUCUAAGAAGACCAUUCUGUUGCAAGGAAUUAAAGAGACGGAAGAGGAUGAGGAAAGUAUACAGGACAUGAUUGAAAUUCAUUUUCAGAAGCCUAGUAAUAGUGGUGGGGAAAUAGAGAAAAUCAAGUAUGUAUCAAAAGGAAUAACGUGUGUUUGUUUUGAGGAGGAUACUUAGAAUGCCGUAUAGAAGUUGUAGAUCGAACUCAUGAAGUUCUGAGUUUUUGCUUCAUCAGAGGCAUAGGAAGUAUCCUGGUUUAUGCAGAUAUGUGCUUUAAUGCUGUGAAAUUUAUAUUUGAAAAAGAGGAGCUACCUGGCUUUCUGAUUUGUGUAACGGCACAGACUUUGCGUAGAAAUUCAGCAAAACUCACUGCUUGGUGUUCCAGAGGUUCCCGAUUGAAGUCACAGAAAAAGCCUUUACCAGCACUUGAAACUUAAUGUAUGAUUGCUUUCUGCAAAUUUGCAGAUUUUGUAUUUUGCAAAUUUUAGAUCGGUCACAUACUCCAAAGUGGGAUAAAUCUAGUCCUUCUUACAUUUUGGUUACAAAAGCCGUAUGUAAUCCCAACCAAAAGCGUCUUCACAGACCUGCUUUUUUAAAGUGCCAUAGCUUCAGAAGGUAGCUCUGACAGAACUCCAGUCCUGCUGAGGUUGCUGUGUGCCACCAUAACUCAAACACCUGAAAGCAGUUAUCCUGUAAUUUCAUAAAAUAUGCGUUGUCAAAUUAGUGAUAAAAUUAAAAUAGGAAAAGGGAGAGUGCAAAACCACCACAGAUUUACUCAAGAAAUCGCACCUUACAGGAAAUGCCAUAGCAGUAAUACUGCUUUUAGCUGUCGAAACGCUGUUACUUCUCCUAGGAUCCGCUGCAAAUUCUGCUGAGCCUCUGAUAAGUUAAUAGCCUGGUUUUAUUGUUUGGUUUUAAUAUUUGCUUCUACAAUUAUAUCUUUCCUCAUUUGUGUUCAUGAUUUUGCUUACUUUAAAAUAUUACAGUUGAGAAUUGAGAUGAUUCUUUAUCUAAAACAGAUUGCUUUGUAACAACGCUGGUGUAACAGUCUAUUUUGCUGCGUGUGACUGGCCGGGUGGCUGGCUGUGGGAGGCAGUUCUUCUUCCAGUUCUCAUUCUAAAAGAUCUUUGAAAUAAAAU